GACCUUGAACCUUGAGGUGGGUCGUUAACUCUAAGAUGUCCUUGAGCAGUGGAGCUUCCGGAGGGAAAGGAGUAGAUGCAAACCCAGUCGAGACAUAUGACAGUGGGGACGAGUGGGACAUUGGAGUAGGAAAUCUGAUUAUUGACCUGGACGCGGAUUUGGAGAAGGAUCAGCAGAAAUUGGAAAUGUCGGGCUCCAAGGAGGUGGGGCUUCCAGCGCCGAAUGCUGUGGCCACACUGCCGGAGAACAUCAAAUUUGUGACCUCGGUACCGGGCCCGCAGAGCAAGGAAGGCAAGUCCAAAUCCAAGCGGAGCAAGAGCGGCAAGGACAGUGCCAAGGCCGCCCCAGGAUCCUCUCUGUUUGCUGCGAGUGAAGGGACCAGUGGCAAGAAGGAAGCUCAGGGGCGCCCUGGGGACGGUGUGAACUCUGGCGGCCUGGUGGCCGCCGUCGGCCCAAAGGGCUCGGAGAAAUCGGCCAAGGCUUCUCGCAGUGUGGCCAGUUCAAAGAAAGACAAGGAGGGUAGUUCGUCCAAGAGUAAGAAGGAAAGGAGUGAGGGGGCGGGUGCUCCGGCAGAGAAGGAGCCCGGUGUCCUCCAGCCUCUUGCCUUGGCUGUCAGGGUCGGGCAGUACGAUGGGGGCCAAGGGUCGGAGCCUGCUGUCGAGCAGCUUGGGAGUAUCGCUAUUGACACGGGAUCUGCACUCAACCCUUUGGGAAUUAAAUCAGAGGUGGAAGAUGGCGAUGGCGAGUGCCGGCAGCUCAAAAAGGUGAAAUCGGAGAAGAUGGAGUCUCCAGUGUCCACCCCCGCAGUGCUACCGCUGCAUCUUCUUGUCCCCGUUGUCAACAGUGAUAUCUCGUCCCCUUGCGAGCAGAUCAUGGUACGCACUCGCUCUGUGGGGGUGAACACCUGUGACGUGGCCCUGGCUACCGAGCCAGAGUGCUUGGGCCCCUGUGAACCUGGCACCAGCGUCAAUCUGGAGGGCAUCGUGUGGCAGGAGACGGAGGACGGUAUGCUGGUGGUGAAUGUCACCUGGAGGAAUAAGACUUAUGUGGGGACGCUUCUGGACUGCACACAGCACGAUUGGGCACCACCCAGGUUUUGCGACUCUCCCACCAGUGACCUGGAGAUGCGGAAUGGCCGCGGGCGGGGCAAGCGCAUGCGCCCCAACAGCAACCCCCCCAUGAACGAGAGCACGGCCGCCUCAGAGAGCAAAGGGACCAGUAACAGCAGCAAGACCCGAGCGGGGGCCAACAGCAAGGGGCGGCGGGGGAGCCAGAAUUCUUCAGAGCACCGCCUCCCACCCGCUGGGGCCUCCGAGGAUAUCAAGGCCAGCCCCUCCUCGGUGACCAAGCGGAAGAGCAAGCCCCUCUCUGACCUGGAGGUGAACUCCAGCUCUGAGGACUCCAAGGGGAGCAAGCGGGUCCGCACAAACUCCAUGGGCUCGGCGGCUGCGCCUUUGGUGGCUGCUGCGGCUGCCGCCACAACAGUCAAGCUGGAACCCGCCCUUUUGGACAGGAACUGCCCCUCCCCUAUACUGAUCGAUUGCCCCCACCCCAACUGUAGCAAAAAAUACAAGCACAUCAAUGGGCUGAAAUAUCACCAAGCCCAUGCGCACACAGACGACGACAGCAAGCCCGAGGCUGACGGUGAUAGCGAGUAUGGAGAGGAGUCAUCUCUCCCAGCAGACCUGGGGAGCUGCAACGGUGCCUCCGGUAGCCAGAAGGGCUCCCUGUCCCCGGCUCGGUCAACCACCCCCAAAGUGCGCCUGAUGGAGCCGCACAGCCCCUCGCCGUCGAGCAAGUUCGGCACGAAGGCUCCUUGCAAGAAGAAGCUGGCCGGCGAGGGAGACCCCGACUCGGGCGCUCUGUCCAAUGAUGGGUCCGAAGACGGUCCUCUGGCGGCCGAUGAGACGAGUAACGACGGCUUCGACCUCGUGGAGAAGCGGGGCGGCGACAAAGAGAAGGCGAAGAAGCCCGUUGGUGUCAAGUCGGAAAAGGCCUCUUCCAAGAGCAUCAAGUCUGCCCGGCCCAUCGCCCCAGCCAUCCCUCCGCAGAUCUACACCUUCCAGACGGCCACCUUCACGGCCGCCAGCCCCGGCUCCUCCACUGGCCUGACCACCACGGUCGUCCAGGCCAUGCCCAGCAGCCCCCAGCUGAAGCCCAUCCAGCCGAAGCCGACCGUGAUGGGAGAGCCUUUCACGGUCAGCCCUGCGCUCGCCCCUGCCAAGGACAAGAAGAAGAAGGACAAGAAGAAGAAGGAGUCCAAGGAGAUCGAGAGCCCCUUGACUCCCGGGAAGGUGUGCCGGCCUGAGGAAGGAAAGAGCCCCUUCCGGGGAGAGCCCGGGGACCUCGGGGCCAAAGGGGAGAGCCUUCCGAACGGCUCCGCCGACCCUCACCAGAGCCGCCUCGCGAGCAUAAAGGCCGAGGCGGAUAAGAUCUACAGCUUCACCGACAAUGCCCCGAGCCCAUCCAUCGGGGGCGCCAGCCGGCUAGACAGCGCGGCGCCCACCCAGCCCAUGACGCCCCUUCACGUGGUCACCCAAAAUGGCGCUGAAGCCAACUCUGUGAAAACCAACAGCCCUGCCUACUCGGACAUCUCCGACGCAGGGGAGGACGGCGAAGGCAAGCCAGACGGCGUGAAGGCCAAGGACCCCGAGCAGCUUGCCAAGGACGGGGCCAAGAAAGCCCUCUUCCCCUCCCAGCCUCAGCCCAAGGACUCUCCCUAUUACCAAGGCUUUGAGGCUUACUACUCCCCAGGCUACGCACAGUCGAGUCCUGGUCCUGUUAACCCCAGCAGCCAAGCCGGCGCUGACAGCCAGGCCUUGAAACUGAAGAAGGACGAGGAGCCCCUGAGCCCUGAGGUGAAGGUGAAGAACGAGGCCUGCGAGGAGAAGAAGGCGGAGCUGGGCCCUUCCAGCCAGCAGCCCUCGGUCAUCCAGCAGCGGUCCAACAUAUACAUGCAGUCCCUCUACUACAACCAGUACGCCUAUGUGCCUCCUUACGGCUACAGUGAGCAGGGCUACCACGCCCACCUGCUGAGCACCAACCCUGCGUACCGGCAGCAGUACGAGGACCAGCAGAAGCAGCGCCAGAGCCUGGAGCAGCAGCAGCAGCGGAGCAUGGACAAGAAGGUCGAGCUGGGGCUGAAGGAGAGGGAGGCGGCCCUCAAGGAGGAGUGGAAGCCGAAGCCGUGCCUGCCCCCCACUCUGGCCAAAGCCCCGAGCCUGACGGACCUGGUCAAGUCGGGGCUGGGGAAGGUCAAGGACCAGGGGCCCGAUGGGGCCAAGUCGGUCAUCAUUCCGAAGCUGGAGGACUCCUCAAAGCUCCAGAGCCAGGCGGCGGAGGGCCUCAAGGGGAAGCUGAGCGAAAGCAGCCACCUGGGCAAAGAGACGGUGGAGCCCAAGGCCAGUUCGGACUGUGGCCGGCAGGCCGAGGUGGACCCGGUGCUUUGGUACAGACAGGAAGCAGAGCCCCGCAUGUGGACCUACGUUUACCCUGCCAAAUACUCGGACAUCAAGACGGAGGAUGAGCGGUGGAAGGAAGAGAGGGACCGGAAGUUAAAGGAGGAGAGGAGCCGCAGCAAAGAGGCGGCUGCAAAGGAGGACGGGAAGGAGAGCACGAGCUCCGACUGUAAAGUGCCCUCCGGCGAGGAGUCCCGCAUGGUGGGGAAGGAAGCUAGGCCCAGCACCCACGUGCCGGUAUCCUCUCCGCUUAGCCAGCACCAGUCCUACAUCCCAUACAUGCACGGCUACUCCUACAGCCAGUCGUAUGACCCCAACCACCCCAGUUACCGCGGCAUGCCCACCGUCAUGAUGCAGAACUACCCAGGUUCCUACCUGCCCUCCAGCUAUUCAUUCUCCCCGUAUGGCAGCAAAGCCUCUGGGAGCGAGGAGAGCGAGAAGUCCCGCGCCAGCCCCAGCAUCGGCUGCAAGUCCAACUCCGAGUCCAAGGCUCUGGACAUCUUGCAACAGCACGCCAGCCACUACAAGAGCAAGUCCCCAACGAUAGGCGAGAAGAAUCCUCAGGAGCGCGGCGGCUGUGGGGUGGGAGGAAGCAGCGCAGGCUGCAGCAGCGUAGGGGGCGCCAGUAGUGCCGAGCGAAGCGUUGACCGGCCCCGUUCGUCUCCUUCGCAGCGCCUGAUGUCCACGCACCACCACCACCACCACCUGGGUUACUCGCUGCUGCCGGCCCAGUACAACCUGCCCUAUGCAACAGGCCUCUCGUCGACAGCCAUCGUGGCCAGCCAGCAAGGCUCUGCUCCUUCCCUAUACCCCCCGCCCCGGAGGUGAAAUCGGACGUGACGCGACGGGAUAACCUAGGCCGCACCAGGUCAUGUGACUGGCUCACGUGAGGAAGCGCUGGAAAUUGCAUUAGACAUCAGUUG